AUGGAGAGCUGUGUGAUGGGAGCAAUGCUUGGGUUGUAUCACACUAUGGAGAGCUAUGUGAUGGGAGCAAUUAUUGGGUUGUAUCACACUAUGGACAGCUGUGUGAUGGGAGCAAUGCUUGGGUUCUAUCACACUAUGGAGAGCUAUGUGAUGGGAGCAAUUAUUGGGUUGUAUCACACUAUGGACAGCUGUGUGAUGGAUGCAAUGCUUGGGUUGUAUCACACUAUGGAGAGCUGUAUGAUGGGAGCAAUGAUUGGGUUGUAUCACACUAUGGAGAGCUGUGUGAUGGGAGCAAUGAUUGGGUUGUAUCACACUAUGGAGAGCUGUGUGAUGGGAGCAAUGAUUGGGUUGUAUCACACUAUGGAGAGCUGUGUGAUGGGAGCAAUGAUUGGGUUGUAUCACACUAUGGAGAGCUGUGGGACAAGAGCAAUGCUUGGGUUAUAUCACACUGUGGAGAGCUGUGGGACAAGAGCAAUGCUUGGGUCAUAUCACACUGUGGAGAGCUGUAUGAUGGGAGCAAUGAUUGGGUUGUAUUACACUAUGGAGAGCUGUGGGACAAGAGCAAUGCUUGGGUCAUAUCUAACUGUGGAGAGCUGUAUGAUGGGAGCAAUGAUUGGGUUGUAUCACACUAUGGAGAGCUGUGGGACAAGAGCAAUGCUUGGGUUAUAUCACACUGUGGAGAGCUGUAACGAGGCAACAAACUUCACUCAUAAAAAGGUGAAUUCAGUUCUUCACGGAAUUCAGAAAGACAGUGACAAGCGACUUUUUCUGGAGUUAUUACUGGGAAUGCCAACACCAAUGCAUGACGCAGUCAGCCAGGGCCAGCUUCAACAAAAUAUUGCAACAUCUGCACCUCCUGCUUACUCUGAUUCACAAGUGUGGAUUGUCCCUUUAACACCAUGUGAUAGUCGACAGUGGCCUGAAUCUCCCCCGGCUUAUGACACUCUUACUGAUUUACCAUUGUGGUGUGUUAUUCCCCCAGAAUCCCAAUUACAGCCACCAGCCGUUGUUCCACAACGGUGUAGGCCACCACAAGUUGCCUCACACGAUGCAUCCUCAAAUGUAUCAGCUAGGUAUCCUCCUCAAGGUUUGGUCAAUAACACACCAACUGCUCAACAACACAACACACCACCAACAAUCCAUGUCAGCAAUGUCUCCAAUUCUCCAACCAGGAAUCCCCGUAUUGUCAACACAACUGAGAAUUCCAUGGUUAUCACAAGAUUCUUGAAAAAAAGGCAUUGCAACCCAAGAAUUUUUGGGAAAUUGCUGAGUUUUGUAGUCUUUAUACAGCUUGGAAAUGCCAUUGCAUUGUCAUUUGAUAAAUCCAAUGCUGGGUCUCGGUCACGAUCUUCUGGAAUCAUCUUCUGGGCACCGGUGUUUAACCUAAUUACAGGAUCUUUCACUGCUUUAGCAAGCCUUAAACCCACAGUCUGCAAGGUCAAGAGUUUGCUUUCCUUGAACUUAGUGUCAUUGGCUCUCAGUUGUGUCGGAUUGGCACUCAGCGUCCUCGACCUGCAGGACCUGAAGAACCUUGAAUGUGCCCCCUUUUCUUAUUUCCAAUCCAUGUGCGAAUAUCAAUUUACGAGUACAUCAAUACCUUACUAUAUUUUAAUCGUUGUGAACGUGCUGGUCAUCACCUUAUCCUUGUUGACUGUCAGUGUUUCAAGCUGCAUUUUACACUAUACCUCUAAGCGUUAUCCUCCGCUAAGGACUUUUUCAUAAGAAGAUCCGUUGUUUUUAAAGGAUGUGAAAAUAUCGGUGAUCGCACUUGAGAAUCGUACAGUAUCACCAUGCCUCCAGUAUCUCCACCAAAUCCAGAACUUGUUUUCAGAAGGUCUAAAAGCACUUAUGAUAAAAAAAACUCAGACAAACCCAAAACACCAACCGGGCUUUCCCAGGAGCUUCACUAACUUAAACCUUACAGCUUAAUCUUAGUAUCUAGCAUUUGAAGCUCUCCAUAGUGUAUACACAUAGAGAAAGCUGAGAGAGAUUUCCAUGGUGCACUUUUCUCUGUUGUAAUUAAGGGUAAACCUCAAAAUUGGAGCAUAAGAGUUCUUUAUGUGAAAUCACAUAAAAAAAAAAGCUAAUGCGUCUCAUUUAGGGCUUAGUAAACACUAAAACAUGGUAUUUUGGACGUCAAACUAGUGACUGGAGCAGCUCUACACGUUGAUUUGUCUUUUAGGAUAAAAUCGUUUUAUACAGUUCAGGGCAUGCAGCUUUAUCCUUUACCAAGCCCUAAGGAAGAAGGUCCCACAGGGCCUACUAAAACAUGCUGGCUUUUUUAUGACUCCAAACACCUUUUUUGGAUGACAACAAUUUUGACACUUUACUUUAUACACUUCCAUUCUUUCUGAGAUAAGAGCCCAGUUUCACAGGUUUCAAAGAAACCAGAUGAGAACCCAUUCAGGGUCCUUAAACUCUACUAGAGUAGGGUGACCAGACUUUCCCGGUUUCCGGGGACAAUCUUUGGAUUGAGGAUACUGUCCCCAGUUUUGUCCCCGGAUUGGAUUUGAACAGGGGCUGGGUGUAAUGCUUCAGGCAGAGUUACUAUAAUGGUUGGUGAGGAUCACAGCUUCGGAAGUCUAUGGGUAUGGUAUUUUUAACAGUUAACUUUAAUUUGGCAGAGAUCAGGUAGGAAGACUCAGAUAAUUUGGGAAUGCAAGUGGUUUUAUUUAGUUUGGUAAUACACAGCCACAACGUGGAGCAUCAGGGUAAACUUAAGUAUAGUAGCAGUUCACAGGAAUACAGUGUAUCGUGAACGUAGGGAUACUUGCUGUGCAUGGUCUUCUGUCGUUAGUGCCACCCAGUGGUUUCUGGAGAGAUAUACGGGUCACCUUGGAGUAGUGGUGUAGAUAAGAGAUUCUGCCUGCAGAGUAAGCUGCCUGAGGAUAGGGCAGAGGAGAGCCUGACUACCAGAAAGGUAGGGGCUCUGCCCGGCCCUAAAAGCUGGAAGUUGGAGGGGCUCUAUCCGGCCCAAUAGUUGGUAGUUGGAGAGGCUCUGUCCGGCCCAAUAGCCGUUAGCUACUGGAGCUAUGUGCCUGGCUUCAGGUUCCUAGCACGAACAUCAAGCAAUGGGUGUUGGCUGUUUAAAUAGGGAUAUGAGUAGUGUUGAGCAGAAUAUGCCAUAUUCGAUUUUGCGAUAUAUCACGAAUAUAUAGCCGAAUAUUCGAGAAA